UUCAAUAUGUAUUUUAAAUAAUAUUGGGCUUUUGACUAUCCCUAUUAAACAAACAUCCCCCAAAUAUCCUUCCCUUUCCCUUUCUCCGAUCAUCACCAUCCUUAAAUCUUCCUUUUUCAUAACACGCUUAUAGUUAUUGAGCUUAUUUCUCAUGUCUGUUUCUCUGUAGGCUGAUGAUUGCUUGAAGUUAAGUUUAUUUAUCCGAAAAUGGCAGCGGCAGUGGGAUAUCAGCAAACUGUUUCUGCACAAAAUGUUGGGAGAGUAUUUGUAGAGAAAUACUAUACCAUUCUGCAUAGCUCGCCGGAGUUGGCUUAUAAAUUCUAUCAAGACAAGAGUAUCAUCGGUCGUGUCGAGGAGGAUGGCUCCAUGAGUGUCACCACAACCUGUCAAGCCAUCAAAGAGAAGAUUGUCUCGCUCAACUAUGGGGACUUAAGAGUUGAGAUCAAGUCGGUGGAUUCAUUGGAGUCUUUUGUAGGUGAAGUUCAUGUUGUUGUCACUGGCCAUCUCGUGGGGCAUGACAAUGUAGUUAAAAGUUUCACCCAACACUUCGUUCUUGCUCCACAAGAUAAUGGCUACUUUGUUUUAAGCGACCUGUUUCGAUAUGUGGAUAUUGUCAACGGGAACCCAACUUUAGGAAGUGAUAUUGUGGUGCGUCCGAUCACAACACAAGAUGAAGUUUACAGUCCAUCAGAGGAUGGCGACGGUGUGUUCUUUGGUGGAGUAGAAGUUCCAAGAUCCGAGUUCGGUGAUGAGCGAAUGCAUCUCAAGGGAGCUGCUGCAAGGUUUUCUCCCCCUCCAAUGGGUCCUGGAAAAGCAACACUAAACAGUGGACACAAUGAAUUGGUAAAAUCUCUAGGGAGUCUCGGAAUCCAUCGGCUUGGAAACAUUGGAGGUGGCAGUGGUUACAAUAAAAGGUUCAAAUAUACAUCAGUUUUCCCAAUAAAAGAAAACCGUAAUUUAAAAGAAGAAUGCAGCCUGCCGAACAACGAAACAACCCUGGUCCUUCUCCGGCUACACGCAAAGCACAUCGCCGUCUGUAGAUGCGUAUGCAGUAGUUGGCUCUCCAUAACGACUUCACCAAAAUUCAUCUCUGCACAGCUUGACCGUGCCCGGUCCGAAUCCGAUCCCCAAGUCCUUUUCCACGACAGAGACAAGAACCCACUAAAACCCCCCCAAUCAGGCCUCGUUUGCUCUUCCCCGGACACAUUGAUUAUUGGCUCGAUCAACGGCCUGAUCUGCUCCACUGGCAACUGGAUGUACUGCAGCUGGCCGACCCCCAAUGACAUCUGGAUAUGGAACCCAUGCACUGGGCUCUCAAAGAAACUUCCCAUGGGCAUCCACGAGUUACGCCGCUUUUCCAAUUAUCAGGCCACAUUCGCCUUCUGCUGGGACGAAGAGUCUGACGUGUACAAGGUGGUUAGAAUCAUUUCGCAGAAAUGCAGAGAAACCUUGGCCGAGGUCUGGUCCUCGGAUAUUAACACUUGGAAGGAGAUUGACCUCACCAACCACCCUUCUUUCUAUCACCCCUCACACCCUGUGAAUGUGGUCCCAACCACCUCCUGCAAUGUGUUUGUCGGGAAUUCCCCCCACUGGGCUGUCCUCGAUUAUAAUGGGAAUCCCUUUAUCAUAUCAUUUGAUGUCAAAACCAACAAGCUGAAGAGAUCCUAUUUCCCAUCUCAACUAUCUUCUCACCGGGAGAAAAUCGCUGCGGGAAUUACCACUGGGCUCCGUUAUCUUAUUCUUACGAACUGGAUGGGGAAAUUGGCGGUGCUGGAUGAUGUGGAUUAUCUUUCUGCCGAUGAUGAGUAUGAGAAACUGGCCAAGGCUCUUUCUGAUACAGAGAGGACGACGGAUAUAUAUUGGUUGUGGACGAUGGAAGCGAAUGGUCAUUGGAUUCGUUCAUGUCUGUUUUCUUUUGGUUUUGAUUUCCAUUAUUGCCUGAACUCCGUGGGCGGAGGGAAAUUUAUGCUGCUGGACAGGGAUUCAGAUAUAGCAUUUUACGACAUUGUGGAGAGACGAGUUAUUAGGACGUAUGGAGUUCCCCGUACAUUCCCCUGUAUAUCUUUGGGCUUUGACUUUGUCGGGAGCUUAGUGUCGAUUGAGGGGUCUGAGCCCAUUGGGAACGAUUUUAGCAAAUUGAUUACUCUCACCUGGCCGAGUCAUCUGCAGAUGAACUUGAACGGGAAUAAACACCCCAAACAACUCUUUAUGCUUCCGGAAGAUGGUAAAUUCUAUGACGAUGCAAUGAAACGUGAUCCUGAAGAGUCGGCCGUUCCUGCACCUUAUUGGGAGUGUCAAAAUCAUUUUAAUCCUUUUGGCUUUUCUUGGCGUUGAUUGGGGCAAGGAAUGAGAGGCGUGAUAGUUGGUUUGUUGUUGUUAAAUGCUAAGAUGAUAGUAUCCGUCAAUCUCUGAACCUGAGUUUGCUCUUAGAACUUGACAAUGGUAUUGUGUUUGGACAUCUCUAUUUAUGGGUAAGCUUCAUUUUAAGUUUUCUUUUUCUUUCUAAUAGUAGGGAGAAUGGGGAUGGGAACCAUAAAUAUGAAGUAACAUGGAAGGUACAAUGUUCAUUUCUAGAAGGCUUGUACCUGCCGAAAACCAAUUCCCCACCGUUAACGACACCAUUUACUGGAAAAUCAAUAAGUACACCUCAAGUGAUCAUGAUAUAAUUCCAAC